AUGGCAUUCGCGUCCCAAAUCAACAAGGCUCUAAUUAUCCACGGGGGAAAAGCUCAGAUGAAUCCCGAUGCGACCAACAACCAACUCUUCGCCCUCGACCUCACCGUCCCCCGCUGGGAGGCUUUCUCCCCACCUUGGCGAUACCUCACCGCACCCACCUCAGGUCAAUCGCCCCGGUUCUUGGAUAGGAACACGAUGGUCAUGUCACCCGAUGAGUCCCAGGUCUUGUUGUUUGAUCGCAACCUUCCGUUUCUUUCGACGUACAACGUUACUACGGACAGUUGGCUCAGUACGCUGGAGUUGCCGCAUUCGAUUGCGUUUGGGACGAACUAUACCACGGCGAUGGACCCGGCAUGGGGUACUGUUUAUUUUGGCCGUGGUGGAAAUGCUGGGACGACCAUGCCGGUCUAUAACAUAGCAUCCCAUGAGAUCUGGGCUCAGGGCAUGCCCCUAAGUACACAGCUGCCUACCUCUGUCCAGGGCUACAGCUUUGUCUACUGCCCGUCAAGAAAGAGUAUUCUCCUCUUUGGUGGCAAGGGUUUCUCGAACCUGGGGGAUGUCUACAACCCUUAUGUCUUUGAGUUUCAAAUGGGUGGUACCUACAGCUGGGUUCGUCUCAACACGGAGGGUCCGUCGCCAACACAAAUACAUUCCCACUGUAUGGUCCCUGCAUAUGAUGGGUUCAAGAUGGUUGUGUUUGGAGGGUCGAUCACGGAAGAUACCCAAUUGGACGACAUCUACAUCCUCGACGUGCCCACUAUGACUUGGACCAAAGGAUCAACCCCACCCGUGCCUCUUAAUCGCUCCAACAUGGCCUGCACCGUCGGCGGUGAUAAUUUUGUUGCCUGGGGAGGAUACAACUCGCAAAAGGCGAUUGAUGGGACACCAAUUAUUUACAACCUCCGGACAAACCAGUGGACGAAAACAUACUCUUUGACCUCUGAUGGUUCGAAGUACAACUGGGGGGCUUUCGCUGGAGGAGUUGGCGCAGCCAUUGUCGUUGCUGCAGUAGUCGGCUUCAUCUACUACCGGCGGAGGAAGCAACGCAAGAGUAGGAUGAAACGGGCUGAUGCCCAACUGACAGCGGAUCCUAAGCGGCAACAACAACAACAGAACCAACAGGAACUUGAUGCGUGCUACGCACAGUCUCCCAAUGACGGCGCUGGUCCUUCAGGCGAGCACGGAUCAACUUACAAGGUCAGCCUACAACAGCGCCUCUUCAACAACGGCCACAUGUCCGCCUCCACGACCUCGAUCGCACCCCUAUUUGCCCGCGACAACUCGGCCCGCUACAGCUUCAACUCCGGAAGCUCUUCUAUGCAGCAGCAGCCCGUCGAGCUAUACGAAAAGGGGUAUUAUGUCCCUGAAAGCACACGCCGGAACCCACAGUUCUUUGACGCCGCUACGAUCCCGUAUGAUGACUCUGUGAUGGUCCCUGUUGAUGUUUUGUCUGGCGAGGCGCCAUGGAUGACGCCACAGUCUUCGAGGAGGAACCCGCAGUUAGUGUCGGAGCAGCUGCAUGACCAGGAGCAGUUGCAGGACCAGGAGCAGCAGCAUCAUUCUCUUCAGCUAUCGGGGUCUGUGGCCUCUGGAGGGACUCUUGUCGGUGAUGAUGAUGAUGAGCGAAAAGAGAAUGCUGGACGAGAGGCACCUGUGUAUCAUGAGGCUCGUUCUGAUGCACGGAUUGGAAGCGAAGGAGGAGGGAUACCCCAGGAUGAGGCUACAUCAAUAACAGAAGGGACGAUAUCGGCGGACAUAAAUAAUACAUACCACAGUCCCCUCCAGGGCGCCAUCUAUCCGAUCUCCACUCAUGCAACAUCAUAUCCGCCAUCCUCGUCGCCAGUAGCAGCCAAAUCCUUGAUACCGCCACCAUAA